UGCCGCGCGAGACAUGAAAGUGGCUAACACGACUUGACAACUUUUACGUUUGGGAAAGGCAUUAAACAUGGAGUUGUCGACGCGAAGUGAAUCCACUUCGCCGCAUUAGUGACGCGACUCACGCUAUACAUGGAAGUGACGGCGGAAGUUCGCCAAUAAAGCUCUUGUGCAAUCUGUUCAGGCAGACUGGCGUCAUCAUGUCCCAGACCAACACUUCUCUCCUGGACGAGGUGGUGCAGUGGAGCCAGGAAACCUGCCGCGAGGAGCUCAAGGCUGUCUUGCCCAAACUUACCUCUUUACAUCACAAGUCUGAGGGCUGGGAUGACCAUAUACGUGUACUGAAGAUAAUCACAGACAUGUUCCUCCCUCACGUUGCUCUUUCAGACCUGGAAAAUGAAUGCCUCUCCAAGAUCUUACCAAAGGCGGUGACUAUGUUUGACAGUAUGAUGAAAGAACUUUCGAACCAAGUUGGAGGCUUGUCCAGUCAAAACACAGAACUGUGUUCCCUACUGAGGAACAUUUUGAAGUCACUGAUGCAGAUAAUUGAUGCAAUGUCUGCAUGCGUGCGUCACGUCGGCACUUAUGAUGAGGUUCCGGAUCUUGUGUCUAUCCGCACCUUACCGACGUGCAUCCUGAAGGUGCUGCGAGACACUUUUCAGCACUGUAAGGAGAGUGAGGUGUUCUACUGUGGCCGUCUUUCCCUGGUGGCUGACCUGCUGCAGAGCCUCUUCAAGGAGGCCUAUGCCCUCCACAAGGCCCUCUUGGAGCUGCUGGACAGGCUCUCCCUUGAUGGCAGUUCUUCUGAAGAGGACGUCUCUGACGUUGUCAUAGUAAUUCAUAGCCUCCUGGACAUUUGCUCGGUCAUCUCUAACCUGGACAUGGCGCUGCAUGCAAACACGUGGAAGUUCCUCAUCAAGCAGAGUCUCAAGUACCAGUCGCUGGUGGAGGAGGAUCUGCGUCAUGGCGACAUCAGCUCCAGCCUGUGUGACAACUUGUUGGCUUCCUUCCACAAUGCCGUGGAUCUGGCAGAGCAGAUAAACCUCGCUGGUCUGCAGGAGGCAACGCAGAGCCCAGAACACAAGCUGUUCCAGAAAACUGCAAAGAUGUGUCGAUUUUUUGCCAACACUUUGGUUCAUUAUGUAAAGGAAUUCAAGGCUUUCUUAACAAGAUCUUGCAGAAGCUUUCAUCAAAUGUACCUCCAGAUUCUGAGUAAAUUCCCUCCCAGUUUGUUUGCGCCAGCGUUACCCCCGUCUCUUUCCGAGGAUCUGAACGCGGCGGCCGUUGUUCCCAUGGAUGCGCUUCUUUUUCAGCUAUUACCUCUCAGGCCUUUUGCUGAAGUUGUCCUGCAGGAGGACCUGCGGUUGAGUCCGCAGCAUGAGCUUCCUCAGUGUCUUUUGCUGGCUAAUGUGCUGGAGCAGUUGGCCUCCCAGCCUGAGGAGGUGCUGCAGCUUUGGCAAUCUGGGAGUCAGUUUUCAGAGGAAACACCCAGGCUUCCUCUCUACCGGGCAGUCCUCCGUAGCUUUCGGCGUUGUUAUGCUGAGCGGAAGCUGCCGGUGUUGUUGCCGGGGGUGAUGAUCAAAGGACAGGCCCAAGGUCAGGUGUCUCUGCACCAUCACGUGUGUGUGCACCUCUGCGCCAGCGUAGCUGUGCUUCCUCCACAAUACUUCCCUGUUCUGGAGCUGUGCUUGGUGGAGGCCACGCUGCAGGCUGACACACAGACUGCACUGUUGGCGGCAGACGUGUGGUGCUUCACAGCGCGGUACGGAACAGCAGAACUUUGUCUCCAUCAUGUCCUCCUCAUCGCUCACUUGGUGAAAACCUGCUCGGCCGAGUGCUACCAGACGUACCACCUGGGCCUGCUGCUCAGACGCAUGCUUUUCCUCAUGACGCCCAGCCAUCAGAUGGAUUUACUGGCACGUUUCCCUCCAUCCGAGGCUGAAAAUCUCCCAAUAUGGCGUCACGUCCUCCUCAGAGCUCUUUCGAAUGAUGCCUCUCAACGCGUGGUGUCGGACGUCAUCACCUUAGGUCAAACAGUUUUGACUGACUGGCAGAGUGGAGGCUACAAACUGGGCCAAGUGUGCAAAGUGAAUGCGGUGCUACAAUGCCUCCUGGUGGCGGUUCAAGGGAAGUCACCUCUCGAAACACAGUGUGCAUCAUCUGCAUCAAGGAUAGUCACAGAACUGUGGCAGAGAAUGGCACCACAUCAGGUGCAGAUCCAUCAUGUGCUGCACUCUACUCUGCAGCUCCUCUUGUCAUUAACAGCAGUUUUAGUGAAAAACAUGGAAAUGCAAGUCAUCAUUCAGGCGCUGGUGUGUGUGGACGCUGUAAUGUCUCAAAAGUGUGCAGAUGAGCUGCUCCUGGCCGCUCUGGAGUUCCUUUCAUCACUGGGGAAGGUCUUCAUCCCUCCUGACAGCCAGAGUGAUAUUGUGCCCAGGCUGGGCAGCCUGUUUGGAACAUUGUUAGCAGAAAGUUCCUCUUGGUUGCUCCAUCAGCACGCUUUGGAGGCUUUUGCUCAUUUUGCUGAGGUGACGAACCACGAAGAAGUCAUUUCCUACAGUUUGUGUGUGGAAGAAACCAAAAGCAAGGUGGUGAAUUUUCUGAGCAAGACAGUCAACACACCGGAAGGAGUCGAGGAGUCACGGCUAGAAAGAAUUGAAGCAGAGAAAACUGUUUUAGAGCAACAUUACCACAGGCUGGAGACCUCAAACCAGGUUUCCACGGAACUUUCUGCUCAAUCUGUGACUCAUUCAGAGCCGCAAGCCAAACGAGCCCGGCAGGAGAGCGGUGCGGACGAGGAGUACAGCUGCUACAUGCAGGCAGCCGAACGCGCACUUCGAGCCGUCCGUGCACUCGCUACAGCCAAAACCGACACACAGGAGCCACCGCCUGGCCCUCGUCCUCCUUCGUGGCUGGCGUCCAGACUACAAGAGCUGCAGGUGCUUCUGAGUGACCUAAGUUCAGCCGCAUCCAUCAACAAGCCCAUGUGACCAUAUUUUGUACAGCAAGAACUAUUUCUGUCUCAUUUUUUUAUUGUCUAUCAGGCUUGACUGAUAUUGAUUAAAUA